AUGACAUUUGGAAGCACUUCAAAGAGGCUGAUAAACUCAAUGGACAUUACAGCGCAAAAUGUAUUUUAUUGUAAUUGGAAAAGACAAUGUGGAAAAACUGCAGAAAUGAUAGAUCUUUUAAUCAAUACUUGUCCAAAUGUUCCACAUAAUAUAAAACAUGGUUUUCACCAACAACAACAAUGUAACGAAAUUGUAACAAAGAAAAGGACACAUGAUGGAUUACAAACUUAUAUCAAUGAACAUUUUCAAACAGCACUUUGUAUUUGGAUUCCAGUCAAAAAAACAUCAACAAAUACUGAUAUUUUAAUUGCACAAUUACGUGCAUAUGAAGCAUAUGAGUAUCCUUAUGAUGUUAAAUUUGUUGAAGGAAUUGAAACACCAAAAACUUGGUGGGUUGGUUGCAAACAAGAAAAAAACUAUAUUCAAAUGUUGUCAUUAAAAAUUCUUAGUAUAAUACCUCAUAAUGUAAAUUGUGAAUGUCUUUUCUCAGUUUUAGGUUGGUUUAUGUCAAAACGCAGGACUUGCUUGAAUGUGGAAAGACUCAAUAAAAUGGCCAGAUUGCAUAGUUAUUACAUAUCUAAUGGGAAAAGUCUGCUCAAUUAUCCUGUAGAUGAUGUAGAUGAUGACAAAUUUAAUGAAGAACUGACAGAAGAAAUUGACAACAUUGAAGAAUAUGAAGAGGAAGAAGAGGUCAUACAACCAGGGGAAAAUGAUAUUACAGGGGAAGGAGAGACAUUUGAUAAAUAUUUCAAUAUGAACAAUCAAGACUUAUGUGAACUCUUGAAAAUUCAAGUUAGUGUUGUAAUUGAACAAAGAGAAGUAGAAGUUGCAGAGAUAGAGACUGAUGAAGAAAUUGAUGAAGAAACAAUUUUAAAUAAACAUUUUGAUUUAAGACAAAAUUAA